AUGUCAGUGACCUUCUCCCACGACUUGACCCGGCUAGCGUCAGCAUCAAGAGAUAAUACUGUCAAGAUCUGGGAUGCGAGCAGCGGGGCGUGUGUGCACACGCUCAAGUGCUAUAACGGUUGUGUUUGGUCAGUGGCUUUCUCGCACGACUCGACCCGGCUAGCGUCAGCGUCACACAACAACACUGUCAAGAUAUGGGACGCGAGCAGCGGGACGUGUCUGCAGACGCUUGAGGGCCAUAGUAGUGAUGUUUGGUCAGUGACCUUGUCGCACGAUUCGGCCCGGCUAGCGUCAGCGUCUUUUGACAAGACUAUCAAGAUCUGGGACGCGAACAGCGAGACGUACCUGUAUACCCUUGACAUUGGCACAUCUCUUUAG